UACUCCUGCGUCUCACUAGCGACACCAGCUAAGCGCUGUCGUUGUGACCUCACAUGUUGGCAACCGGACUUCCCUUGGUGGAUGCGUAGACAGCGUUGGUUCUUACACACCUUUCCACAAUUUCAGAAUGUCCAAGCGAGUGAUAAUCACAGGUGCCUCAGGAUUAUUAGGCCGUGCAAUUUACAAGCAGUUCAAAGCAGAUUCUAGCUGGACAACACUAGGUCUUGCGUUUUCAAGAACAAAAGGGGAGCUUGUCAAAUGUGAUUUGACUGAUAAACAAGCUGUUACUGAAUUGGUUCAAGAAUUUAAGCCACAAGUCAUCAUACAUAGUGCUGCUGAAAGAAAAGUAGACAUGAUUGAAAAAGAUCCGGAGGCAGCUAAAAAAACAAACAUAGAUGCCACACAAUACAUUUGUGAAGCUGCAGAGGCUGUCGGAGCAUGGGUGGUGUAUAUCAGCACUGAUUACGUCUUUGAUGGCACAUCACCUCCAUACAGCAUUACAGUCAAACCCAACCCCCUGAACCUGUAUGGCAAGAGCAAACUAGACGGAGAAAAUAUCACGUUGGAAGCUAACAUUGGAAACAGUGUUCUGCGGGUACCAAUCCUGUAUGGUGAGAUAGAGAGCCUAGACGAGAGUGCCAUCACAGUGCUGUUCAGCAAGGUGAAGGACACUGGUCAUCAGGCACCCAUGUGUAACUAUCAGCGACGUUUCCCUACCCACUGUGAUGAUGUGGCGUAUGUUCUCCUGUCGCUAGCUGACAGAAGGCUGGAGAAAGGCAACGUAAGUGGUAUCUAUCACUGGAGUAACAACGAGAAUGUCACCAAGUUUGACAUGGCUGUGACCAUGGCAACCUGUUUCCACCUGCCGACAUCCCACAUCAUUCCGGAUGAAUCCGGUUCUGGUUCAGCAAAUAGGCCCCACAAUGCCCAGCUAGACUGCAGCCGGAUUGAGAAGCUGGGAAUAUGCAAAAGGACUGCCUUUAAAGAGGGAAUUACAAAUGUACUAAAGCCCUUUGUUUAGACGGGCUUUAUUAAAGGGGUUUAAGGUAUCUUAAAAGUGCUACACCUGCCUGUGAUUGUUUAUUGUGUGUCUGGAUUUUACUGUUUACUUUUUAAAAACAACUGCAAUUUAAAAUGUUGGUGUGUGUAUUUGCAUUUUUUAUAUAAAAGGUUAACAACUUUUACAGUUUUAAGGAAAAAUAAUUUGCAUGAUUUGGUAUUUCUGGGCCACCAGCACCAUUAGGGAUUUUUCAAAACAAUCAUUUUUUUCAAGAUUACCUUGUUUCAUAAUUCAUGUCACUGUUACUUGGAACAUUUUGUUUCAAACACGUUUGUUUACACAAUUGUAAUGAGAACAAUGUUGAUUUAUAGAAUUGGAGGCUAAAGUUUUGUUUGUGAAAAAAAGAAGUGUUGUGUAAAUUUUGCCUCAUUUUGUUUAUGUGAUCUUCAAUAAAUUAGUACGGUAGUUAUAAAUAAUAUUGCCUUUGUCUAGUAUGGGUUUUUGCAUUUUAUUGAUGGUAUUUUAAGCAUUUUAAGAUUGCUUAUGAGCUAAUUGUUAUGUGAUAAGUUUAUAAUUUAUGUAUGACACACAAUUCCCAGUGUAAGCAACUGGGUACAAACUGUAUAAAAUGUGUGUAGCAUGUAAGUCAAAUCAGUCAAGGAAGCCCUUUUAUCAAGUGAUAGCCUCAAUUUUGAUGUGAUGCUUGUCCAAAAUUCUUAUCUGAUAUUACUAUUUCAAGGAACUUGAAGGUAAAUUUGAUCCUUAUGAUGGGAAAACUGGGCCUAAUUGAUGUACAUUAAGUGUCAUCCAAGAUUAGCCUGUGUAGUUGGCACAGGCUAAUAGGUAUGACGCUUUUGCCUAAACUGGAUUUUUAUUUAGUAGAGACUUCCUUCAAAUGAAAAAAUCCAUAGUCGUGCUCUCCCUGAUUAGCCUGUGCAACCUGCACAGUCCAAUCUGGGAUGACACUUAAGGUACAUGCAUUAAGCCCAGUUUUCCCAGAACAAAGCUCAUAUAAUUCAAUAAUUAUAAUCAUAUAAUUCAAUAACAAUAAUUCUAUAAAUCGGUGCUUUAAGCCUAAUCAGUUAUUUGUUUACUCUUCACCUUCUCACUGCUUUUGUGAAUUUAUUGCAAGAAACCAGGGCAAAUACAAAUACAGAACAUUUGUAAUAUUUUUAUUACGUAACAAAUAUGAUGAUAACAAACAUUUUAUACUGUGCUAAUUGUUGUAUACUGUGUACAAUUCAGCAAACUUCUGCUGCUAAACACAUCUUAAAGGUGGUGUGUUUUUUCAUUUGAAGUAUAUUGACACUGAAUGACACUUUUGCAUGUACUUGUACAGGUGUUAAUAAUUUGUUCGAAGCCAUUUAAAUUGUAUAGGAAAAAAUGUAUACAAGUAUAUAACCAGGACUGCAUUAGUUUUCAUUCUACUGAAAUACACAAUAUCAAAUACUGCCAAAGUUAUUUCCUCUCAAUACACAAAGUCAAAUGCAUACUUAUUUCAGACUUCAAACAUGACAUUCUGGUAAAUCAGAUGACGGAAUUAAAAGCUUUAAUGUUUACAACAUAUUUGUAUAUAAGCCAAACUUACAAUAGGGAUACAACUAAAUGUAAGGUUGCAUAAUAUACACCUGUACAUGAAUAAAUGUUUUUAAUGCAUUUAAACCGUCAUUUAAUAUGAAAGCAGUUUUGAAUACCAGACUUGGAUGAGUAGUAUUAGUUCAAGCUCCUUGAUGUUCAUUUGUAAAGUGAUAUCAACAAAACUAUUCAAUAAAACAUUUAAAAAUUUU